AAUAAAAGACCCUCAACUUCCAAGGACUCCACAAUCUCCACCCCUCUGUUUUGAGCUUUGCAUAGUGAUAUUGUACAAAUGGAGAUGGUAGUAAAAGGCAUUUCUCUGCCCACAAAUGCCAUACAUGAGCUUCACUCUGACAUUAGUGAGGUUAGGUGGCAUUAUAGCACACAUUCAGGUGGCAUUACAACUCCUCUGAUAAGAACACAGAAUCCAUAUAUGACAAUGCCAUAUGGACUCCCUCAUGAACUUCUGGAUCCAUUAAAAUUGAGGUUUAACCUGACCUUAGGCCUUUCCAGUCCGUGCCCAUCCUCCGAUUUUUAUGUGUGAUAUGAGUAAAAGAUCACAGUGCAGUCCCCAAUAUCCUUAAAAUAGGACUUGGAAAUUCAGGAAGAAUGGUAUUGGAGAAGUGAUGGCUAUGUCGUUACAAUGUAGUAACACAAGGUCCAGGUUGACGUUUGCUCACUGAUGUCCAAUUUAAUUGUCUUGUUGUGUUUCAAAAAGUGAGGAUGUCCAACUUAGUAUAUAAAAGGCACAGAAAUUUAUAAUUUUAUAUAUGCCCUGUAGUUGAUCCCUAUAUUCCCAAGAAAAGGGAGUUUUAUUACAAAAAAAUAGGAUUAUAGACCAUUGAUUUUGUGGAAUACAUGGAUGUCUAAAUGAAACAAUGUCAAGGUGUGAAGGACUGCACAGUAAGCAAAUAUUUCCAGGUUUUACACAAUCAAAGUAUAGAAGAAAGAUAUUGGCAUCCAGAAGAAGGGAAAACCUUGGGAAUAGAAAUGUAUAUCACAUCCAUUGUCUAAGGUGGUAGAUUUAUUUUUAAGAAAAAUCUCCCUCGUCCAUGGUCCCUAGAGAUUUGGGUGCUAAGAAAAAUCUCUUAUCCAAUUCAGGGUUGUAAGCCAUUCUCAAUGCCAUCAAAAGCAUUGAUGACUUCUAGUGAAGCAGAGAGAAAUAUCUAGCUUCGGAAUUGAGGUUGCCAAACGGUAUUUCCGGUGACACAUUAGAGACUGCAGGAAAGGGCCCCCACAGAAAUUGAUCAAUUUGGGGAGAGCUAGUUAGCAGGUAGGCCAUAGAACUUCCCAGUGACAUCAUCAGUAAGCCCUUCAUUGGACAAUCUAUUGUAUCUAAGAGAUCCCUAGAAUCUUCUGUGAUUGUGUUGUGGUGACACCAACUGCCUUUGGGAAAUUACUUCAGUUCCCUUUGGGUUCACAAACAGGCAUGUUUUGCCAGCUGCUCAGGCUAUUUUGGAAGGAGAGUGGAGAUCAAGGAGAGACCACACCAAGGCAGAAGGAAGCUGACCUCCUGUCUACUAAAACAGGAAGGAUGAAAUCAUUCUGGGGAAGGCUUGGUUUUGGUAGGAAGGCAUCAUCCCCAAAUGUCAUCAGUAAGCAAGAGAAGCGUCUAAAGGAACUGGAGGAACUCAAAUUUGAAAUCCAGAAGUGUAACUUCGAGAGGCAUGCACUUUAUCAAAUCCUGGACCUUUAUAUCUAUGAUGAUUGGGACUACAGCAACACGCACUGCCAGCUCCUGCGUGAAUGGAUUCAAUUGAAGAACAAUAUAAGGAUUUUGCUGAAUGAGAACAGACAACUGCUGGUGGAGCAGACUAAACUGCCAGCAUCCUAUGAGAAAGCAAAGAGGUUCUGUGAGGAGGCCAGCAAUUACAUCUGUGUCCCCAGAGCCAAGCAACAGCAGAUAAGAGGCUACAGAAAUAAACAGAAGUUGAUACUCAAGAAUAUUGGAGUGACACUGAGUCUACCAACCCAGCUGCCUAUUGGUGAACAAGAGGAAUCCAUAGAGCAGAUUGAAUUUCAGCAAGCAGAAGCACAGUUUUGUCACAGAACUUAACAAAUAUGCCAAAAUGACUAUGGACCAGACCAGAGGUUCCUAAGGAAUGAGUAUUGUGUGAAUGUGAUUAUAUGUCCUCAUCAACUGGGCAAAUAAAGAACUACAUCCUUUUACCUUACUUUGGGAAGGAGGCAUCUCAUGUGCCCUACCUCAUGACAGUUGGGGAAGCCUGCUGGAUCGGUCUUCAUAGUUCCUAAGACAGAAAGUAGAAAACUAAACUGGAGCCUGGCUAGACAUAUACUGCUAAACGUGGUCUAUCAUAUUAGUGGCAAUAUAAUUUGGAUAUUCUCUUACUUGUGACUUAGAACUCUCAUUCAUCAUGCACUUUCUUGUGUAUCUUGAAUUUUGAAUUACUUGAGUCUAAGGGAUGCUACGAAGCCAACCCGAACCUGAGUCACGGGAAGAGAGUAGGUCAAUAGAGCAGCAGUAGGCCAAAUUUCUUGAGCCUCUAAAGUUGAGAUGAAGAGAAGUGGAGAGCUAGAUCCAACAGCCCAUGGCUGAAUGACACCAUGAUACCAAUAGACCUAGGUCCUGGGAAGAAGAGGUCAUUGGUGCCAACAUAGCUCAGAAGGAUAAGGGUAGAAACCCCUUGCCUGAUGAAAGAGUGGCUACAGAAA